AUGAAUCUAAGAGAGAGAGAAAAGGGAGAGCCAAAAACUGCUGAAGAGAAAAACGAGGAAAAGAAAACAGCUUCUUCCAUCAUAAUUCUAAGCGACAUAAUUUCUAAAUCGAAAAAAAAAAUGAACAGCAUAUUUUGUAAAGACAAACACAAUGAGAGUAUCAUUGAUGAAAAAAAAAAAAAUUAUCUAAUAAAUGUUGACAAAACAUUAUUAAAAAAAGAUAUAAACUGUGUUAGUUACGCCUACAAAAAUUUAAAUAAUCGCAGUGUUUCUAAAAGAGGGAUAUAUAACAAUAAUGUGUCAACAGUUAGUAAUAGAGGUGAUGAUGAUAUACUUGAUAAAUUAUCACUAGAAAAGAAAAAAAGAAAAAAUGCAAAAACUGUAGUAAGUUGUCAAGAUUCAGACAAAAAAGCAAUGUAUUCAAUGAUAUACGACACUUUUAUAAACAAAAAUUUAAAAAUAAAGACCGAUCACUCAGUCGGAGCGUCUAAUAAGGAGAAAGAAAAAAAAAUACAAAGACCUCACAACAGGAGUGUCUUACAGGCCACCACCCAUAAUAAAAAAAAAAAAAAAAUAAAAAAUAAUAAUAAUAAUAAUAAUAAUAAUAAUGAUAAUGGAAAUUUUAAUAGUAGCAAUAUUUCUCAUAUCUCUAACAUUUCUAACGCUUCUAACACUUCUAGCAUUUGUGAUAAUAAAGACGGAAAUCACAGUUCAGGUGACGUAUAUAAUCACGCAAGUUCCUCUGCAACUAACUUGCUACAAAUUAACGAAAAGAACAUCCAUCAAUACAGAAAAAAUCUAGUAGCACAGAUAAUACAAAAACAACAUGCAGACAGCUCAGCACAAAUAACAGAAACAAAUGAAGAAUUAAAUACUCUUACUAAUGAUGGCUCAUUUUUAUAUGAAAAGAUAAAAGCAAAAAAGGAAAAUAAUAAAAAAAUCAAUUUUACCCAAACUCCCAGUCAAUAUGAAAAAGACGAAAUAUCUCAUUUUGCAAAAUAUUUAACUAAAAAAAUUCUGAACAAAGCAAUAAUUCAAAUUACAUAUGAACAAAAUGUUAAACAAAUUGAUAAGAAGAGUAAAAUGGUUAAUAUAAACGACCAAACGAAUAAACAGACCUACUCUAAUCUCGUAGACUACCAGCAAGAAAACCUCCAUGUGAUGGACGAGAUGAGUGAAAUGUCCAAGUUCUUCGACAUUUUUAAAAAGAUAAACAUAUUUUCAAUAUCUCGUAAUAUGAUAGAUGCCUUAAUAACACGAAACAUUUCUCUCGCUAAUGAGAGAAACGAAUUGAAAAAAGCAGAAGAAUUGGAAUGGUGCAAUGAAGUCACAACGAAUUUGCUAAAAAACACCCUAGCAUAUUUAGCAACGGAGAAGAUCGUGUCGUUCAUCACCGAGGAGCUAGUUGAGGACAGUUUCCUAAAAUUCUGCACAAGUCAUAACAAUUAUGUGGAAACAAUAAAUCGAUAUUUAAAUAAAGAAAAUAUUUCUUUUCAUGAAAGAAGGAAAAGGGAAAAUGGACACUUGAACUUUUUGCUUUCUAACGACAAAAUAAAUGUAACCAUACCAGUGCGAGUAAAAGAAGAUAUGAAUCUGGAUGACGUUUUGAAAAAAAUAAAAAACUACAUACUCAAGAAAUUAAAAUUUUUAAGGAACGAGUAUAACUUGAAUUUUGUGAGCAUAAAAGACAAAGGGUGGAGAAACAUACUGAGUAUAAAGGAUUUGUUUUCAUCGGAUACGAACGAAUUUACCAUUUAUUUAAAAAAAAAAAAAGUUUUAUCAUGA